AUGCUGCGUUUGCCGCUAGCGUGGAGUCCGACUUGGCAGAUAGACCUACUUCUGCGUGUCUGUUUGCGGCACUGUCGAUUGUGGCCCUCUCCGCUGGCAGUGUUAUCGGAAGCAGACAGUUCCCGCCUGCGUUCUAGCCCGAGGAGGGACUGCGUUACCUGGACCUUUGUUCAGGAGGCAUACAUCCGUGAGGCGCGUGAGGGCGCGUCUCACAUCUCCAAAGCGUUGCCACGCAUGCUAUGA